UGUCAUAUUGAAGUUCGUCCCCGGUCUAGUGACGCAACUGACUACUAUAACUACAAAGGCUGGUACUCCACAGUAUUACUUGCAUCAGUGGAUUAUAGGUUGGUAUUGAAUAUAUGCCUAAAAAGUAAAUGCUCACAUUGUUUAUUAUAGGUACAGAUUUAUGUAUAUAAACGUAGGCACCCCUGGACGGUGCAACGAUUCCCACAUUUUCGAGAAAUCUGCUUUGAAACAGCAUCAUCAAAACCCUAUCCUUACGCACUUGUCUACGCAAAUAAACGGAGUUAACGUUCCAGUUGUAAUGCUUGGAGAUUCAGCUUUUCGGUUUUCGGACAUAUUAAUGAAACCUUAUCCAUAUAGAGAGAAUGCUAGCUUCAGUGAAAAAAACUUUAAUUAUGCCCUGUCUAAGUGCAGAAGGGUAGUCGAGAAUGCAUUUGGUCAUCUCAAAGCUAGAUUUAGAAGAAGAGGAAAAGGUCUUGAUAACCGAAUUGACAAUGUAAAUUUAAUAAUUAAAUGUGCUUGUGUUUUACAUAAUUUUUUAAACGAGAAAAACGAUUGCAUAAACAAUCGCUGGAUGCAACAAUUACGGGAGCAGGAGGAAACCGUAGUCCGACCGCAGCCGGAGUUUAAUUGUACCCUGACUGAUAAUAACCUCACAGCGGAAAAUAUAAGAUCUGCUAUAGCAAUGUUCUUAGUUAGACAGCCACUACCCGCUUGAUUUUCGACGCAACUCUUAUAUGUUGCAACUAAGUACAUAUUGAUCCAGGUAAUAAACUAUCUACCUGCCAAAUUUCAAGCAAAUCCAUUCAAACUCACAAAUAUACAAACUUUCGCAUUUAUAAUGUUAGUAUUAAGCAGGAUCCCUUACUUUAUUUUAUCUAUUGUAAACUAUUUCACAUGAAAAAAAUAAUCUACAUUUUAACAAUUACUAUUAUUGCUCUGAAAAUAAAUGAAUUA